CAGAGCACACGUGAAGACUUGACAGCUGACAUAUCGCUCGGACAACGAGGGGACGCCAGAGCAUCGUCCCGCUGCUCAGGCUUCCAUAUGAGCAAAAGAACAAAGGAUUGGAUCGUAUCGGGAUUGAUUUCAGGUUUUGUUUUUUUUCAGGCUAGUUGAGUCCGUUUUCUUUUUUCUUUGUUCGAUUUAGGAUCCUAGGCAGCUCUGGGUGUGUGAGCAUACAAUCGUACCCCUCCCCUUCUUUCCCUAGACCCCGUGGGUAUUUUUAGAGAUGAUGUUCCCAGUCAAAUAACGUAACGGAAAGACAACCUCUUAGCUGAACAGCGAGCAGGCGACAAAUGAAACACCGCUCCGCCACGAAAGAAACACCCAUGAACAUGAAAACUACAAGUUAUAUUUUUGUGGGUGUGCUGGUGAUUCUAUCCAAUUCCGGCAAAUUGUCAGGUCAGUCCACGGAUCCACCACACACUGAGCCCCCAACUGUUCAGUCGGAUGUAGGGGCACCCCACUCCAUCACUAUCUCCCCCUCCAGCCCCAGAAUGGAUGCUGGAGAGGUAGCCUCGAGUGCUCCACCACACGUGCAAACCUCCCAUCACGCUGCCACUCUCCCCUACCUGUCAGAGGCAACCUACGUCACUGCUUUGUCACCAGAACUUAGCAGUGUCUCUGGAGGAAGGACAGACACAGCUACUCUACAUACGACAGCCUCUCUCCACACCCUCUCAGUCCUCCCACAGAAUGACUCCAGCCUCAGCCCUAAAACAGUCCCAUUCAUAGCAUCCACUGCUGAUGCCACAUCAGUUCCCCCGGGGAAGGGCAUCGCCCCUACAGAGCUAACCACUCCUGCAGCAUCACCUAAUCAGACUGAGAGCAAUCACUUGAACACAGACCCCUCAACGCUUGCCAUCCUGCCUACCCAGACCACACCUGAAUCUACCCAUAUCCCUGUGUCCAGCCAGACAACCCAUCAACCAACCUCUAAGUCAGUGCCUGAAGGGACAGCUGUCGAAAUUACCUCCCUGCCACCAACCCCUUCUCCUACCCAACUCCUCACAUCAGAGGCGCCUCAGGCACCUGGCCAUCUCUCAGUGGCUCCACCCAAACAGGAAGAGCCUCCCCAGUUGGAUGUUGGUGACGAGGAUGCAGCACAUGAAGGUCACCACCCUGCCUCACCGCUGGACCCCAUCCUUGCAGGACUGGUGUCCAUAUUCAUUGUCUGCACUGCAAUAGCCUCUGUCCUGCUCUUCCUCAAAUUCCGCCAUCGUAAUGAGCACCCCGAGUUUCACCGACUUCAUGAUCUCCCCAUGGAUGACCUACUGGAAGAUACACCUCUCUCAAGAUACACCUACUAGCCAGUUUAUCUCAAGUUUAGGGUUAAAAGAAGCCAGAAAAAAAAAACACUGCCACUGACUGCUUGUCUUGCCUUUUGAUUAAUGAGAAAUUCAACAAAUUUGUGUUUAUUUUCUAGACUUCACCCUCACUACUGUCUUUUUAACAUUCAGUAUUUAGAGCCCUAAUUUGCAGUUGGGCAACAACUAGCAAAGUGCCUUGUGCUUGAACUAAAGCUGUAAUGUGGUAUGUUGUAACAUUGCACUGCCCCACCUAUGUCUGCGCUUUACACAACUUUACACUUAGCCUGUAAUUUAAAUUAGGACCCUUCAUCUGAAAUAAGCAUAGUAUAAGUAUAGUAUAUAUACUCUUUUGAUCCUGUGAGGGAAAUUUGGUCUCUGCAUUUAUCCCAAUCCGUGAAUUAGUGAAACACACACAGCACA